AUGCAGUCCCCCACGACCCAGAGAAAGGGUAGUUCUGACCAGAUUCAAACCGCCCCUGAACAUGACAAUCCCUCUGUCAUCGACGAAAAACUCGAGAAGGUGGUUCAGAUAGGUGAGAUUCGAGUCCUUGGCUUAGACGCCGAAGAUGAAGAGUUCUACGUCAACUUUGGUGAGGAAAGGCGAAAGAAAUUGGUCCAUCGUAUCGAUAUCCGCCUAGCUCCGAUGCUUGCCAUUUUGUACCUCAUCUCCAACCUGGACCGCACUAAUAUCGGCAACGCCAAUAUCGAGGGACUUUCUGAGGAUCUCGGCUUGACAGGCGUGCAAUACAACACUGCACUUUCCAUCCUAUUUGUGACAUACGUCGGAUUCGAGGUUCCUAGCAACAUGAUUUUAAAGAAAUUUACGAGGCCCUCACAGUACAUCGGGAUUAUCGUGACUUGUUGGGGUAUUGUCAUGACCCUUACUGGCGUUGUUCAAAAUUAUGCCGGCCUCGUGGCUUGCAGGCUCCUCCUCGGCCUCUUUGAGGCCGGAUUCUACCCCGCUGCAAUCUACAUCAGCAGCACCUGGUAUCGCGCGCAAGAAUUAUCCACGCGUAUUGCGUAUCUAUAUCUCACGAGUGCCCUCGCCUCGGCCUUCUCUGGGUUACUCGCAGCCGCUAUUGCAGGCAUGGACGGUGUUGGUGGCUAUGCUGGAUGGAGAUGGAUCUUUCUCCUCGAAGGCAUUGGAACUGUCGUCCUAGGUGUCAUGUGCUUCUUUUUACUUCUCGACUCACCGCGGCUGUCGAAAUGGCUCACGCCAGAAGAAGUCAGAUAUCUGGAGAUCCAGCAGUUUAUCCAGGACGGCGGAGAGUUCGGUAAAAGAUCUAACCAGGCAACCUGGAAGGUGCUUCGCGCAACUCUCCUAGAUUGGAAGCUCUACGGCACUAGCCUCCUAUUAUUCGUGAAUAUCACGGCAGGCUACGGUGUCAAACUCACGAUGCCAGCCAUUAUUAAAGGAAUGGGAUUCAAAAACCGCAACGCCCAGCUCCUUACCGCACCUCCCUAUCUCGUCGGCGCUUUAUCCACCAUCGUGUCAUCGAAGAUUUCCGAUCGAUUCUUCAAACGGAUGCCAUUCGUUGUAAUUCCUUGGAUGAUCUUUAUCAUUGGAUACGCAAGCGCAGUGCUUUUCUCCUUCCUCUACCAGUUUGUCGACCACGAUACUGCGAUAGCAUGCCGGAGGAGAAAACAAAAAUGCGAUCUCACGUAUCCACAGUGCUCAAACUGCGAGGCAGCCAAGGUGGUUUGCAUGAGCUACAACUCUGUGAAAAGGCAGGAAGUUCCCCGAAACUACUUUGAGAAUCUCGAGGCGCAGGUGGAGCGGCUCAAGAAAGAAUUGCAUGAGCUCCGUUCCCGCACGCCCGGAGGCCAACAUACCGCCGACACGGACACCCCCGGCGCUGUGCCCGUGCCCGAUUCCAGCAGUCAAGACCAACAUGAUCUCGUUAAAUCUUUAGCCCUGGUAGUGCUGGAACCUGCCGACCAACCUCGCUUCCUGGACCGUGCCGAUAUCCUCGCGUCUGUGCAAGCGGCAUAUCUCGCCUCAGGGGACAACUCCGCCACGCUGUCGAGAGCUGCGCGAAAGGACCUAUUUGUGUCAUUUAUGGUGUUUGCCAUCAGCCUCUGCGGGCUCCAGAGCGGAUCGGCUGGUAGAGAAAGCGAAGGAUGUUAUCACUCUGCGAUCCAAUACCUCGACUCCGCCAUUAGCUACUCCGAAAGUGACACGGAAACAUUGCGCAACAUCCUACUCCUCGCUCAAUUGGAGUCCGAAAUAAAGCACGUGCUUUACCGCCACCAGAAAUGGACCUCGCUGGCGUUCCCACGACCAGAUUAUGCGCUCUGGAUAGAGGACAUCAAGCCUCGAUUAGAGGAGUGGAGGGCAUCCAUUCCGCCUUUGCAAAAUGCUCAUCCGGAAAGUAUUUAUGCAUUCGCAAGCUGGUGGGAUGCAAUCUAUAACAACACUCUAAUGCUACUUCAUCGGCCAACCCCGGUGAUGCCGGAGCCAAGCAUCGAAUCGCUUCGGGUAUCUUUCGGCGCAGCGGUCAAAUUAAUAUCCUGCAUUCGGUCUUUGCAGAGGGAGCGCAGGCUGGAUAUGGCCUGGCUAUGGGCUCAGCGCCUCUUUGUGGCCGGCCUGACCCUCAUCUAUACUAUUUGGAAUUCCGACGAGCUGAGGAAUGCGCAUGCACCCGAGGAAAUCGUUAACAGCGCUCAGACCUGUGCAACAACCCUCGCGGUGUUAACUGAGAGAUUCCCGGCAGCUGCAGGCUGCCGUGAUGCACUUGAGACGUUGGUUUCUGCUACCGUCAAAGCAUUUUUCGCACCAAGGAAUCCAGUCUUCACUGGUAGUAAUGAAAGCCAACCGUCGCACUCGGCAAUUCCUGGGUCAGUCUUUCAACAGCCUGAUCUUGGCAUUUCCCUUGACGAGAUGUACUCGAUGUUUUUGGGAGAUACAUUCCGGAUGGGCCAGGGCGUAUCCUCAACGACAGGUUGGUUUGGGUGCGUGGAUGAUAUUGCAUUCGAUUUUCGUGAUCCGUCAACAGAAUGGGAAGUCUCCCUGGGAAAUAAUUAA